CAUUCACGCGCUUUCUCCAUACCCCAAUCAAAACCCUGAUCCUCACCGUCCUUCUCACGUGAUCCAGGGAGUCAUCUCAGCCGUAGCCUCUGAAAUCGCUCACGUAGAAACACGUGUCCUUAAUCCACGUGGCGAAGAAAUAACGGUUGCUUUUUUAGAUUAUCUUUUUUUAUUUCACACAGGAUAUCCCCAUUUCCCAACCCCACUAAGCCUAUAUAUAGAUCUUCUCCUUCUCUCAUUUCCACACUUCACUAGCUCAAUUAAUCGAUUUCAGAGAAAAGAGGAGAAAAUUUUUUUCGAGAAAAUAAAAUACAUUGAAAUUAUUACAUAAGAUUGGAUUUUGUGAAAUCCCAUUUAUUGCUUGUUGAUUUUUUUUUUUAUUAUAGAAGAUUAGUUAUUUUAUGAUUAUGGCAAUGAGUUUGCCGCAUCAGAUCAGAGCAAUUGCCGGAACACCGAUUGCGGCGGAUCCCGGCAGCCUUACAUCGGAGUCAACUUCGUCUUCGACUACCACCGUGAACGCGUCGGCGGUGUGGAAAAACCCGUUGACAAACCUCCGUGUAUCAGUGAAGAACACAGGGGAUAAUGACAGAGUAUCUCCCCUGUCUUCACCGCCGUUGAGCCCCGUGAUCGGCGGCAACAUAAGGGGGGAUCUGUCCGUCGCGUGUCAAGCUUUCGCGACGGAAACGGAAACCCAGGUUGAGAAUCUGCACAGUUUCCCGGAGAGCUUAGAGAAGAAGGGGAAAGGGGUGCCGGUGUUUGUAAUGAUGCCGUUGGAUAGUGUGAAGAUGGAUAAUACUGUGAAUAGAAGGAAAGCCAUGAACGCGAGUUUACAAGCUCUGAAGAGUGCCGGCGUGGAAGGGAUAAUGAUGGAUGUGUGGUGGGGAUUGGUGGAGAGGGAUGAACCAGGGAAGUACAAUUGGGGCGGAUAUACCGAGCUUUUGGAAAUGGCGAAAAAGCACGGCCUGAAAGUUCAGGCAGUCAUGUCUUUCCAUCAAUGCGGAGGAAACGUUGGUGACUCUUGCACAAUUCCCCUUCCAAAGUGGGUUAUAGAGGAGAUGGACAAGGAUCCGGACCUAGCAUACACAGAUCAGUGGGGGAGGAGGAACUAUGAAUAUGUUUCUCUUGGAUGCGAUACCGUGCCUGCACUCAAAGGAAGAACACCUGUUCAGUGUUAUUCUGAUUAUAUGCGGGCUUUCCGAGAUAAUUUUGAGCACCUUCUCGGUGAUACUAUAGUGGAAAUUCAAGUGGGAAUGGGACCUGCUGGGGAGCUGAGGUAUCCUUCAUAUCCGGAGCAGAACGGGACCUGGAAGUUCCCUGGAAUUGGAGCUUUUCAGUGCUAUGACAAGGUAAUUUACUUUCUUUUCUUGCGUCUGGAUUUUAUGUGCACCUUUUUGGACUCGUCAUUUGCGAUGGUGAAUAUUAUUAAAUACAGUAACCCCUUUUUAAUUAUCGUUGGUUAUGUUACCGUGUUAAUAUCUAGUUUUUUCGUGCAGUACAUGCUCAGUAGCUUACAAGCUGCUGCAGAAGCAUAUGGAAAGCCUGAAUGGGGAAGCACUGGCCCGACAGAUGCUGGCCAUUACAACAACUGGCCGGAAGACACGAACUUCUUCCGUAAGGAGGGUGGCGGUUGGGCCAGUGAAUACGGGGAAUUCUUCCUCACAUGGUAUUCCAAAAUGCUUCUAGAUCACGGUGAGAGGAUACUUCAAUCAGCCAAAGCUAUCUUUGAGAACAGAGGCGUGAAAAUAUCAGUGAAGAUUGCCGGAAUCCACUGGCAUUAUGGGACUAGAUCCCAUGCCCCUGAGCUUACAGCUGGGUAUUACAACACCCGAUUUCGUGACGGCUACCUUCCCAUUGCCCAGAUGCUUGCCCGCCACGGUGCAAUAUUCAAUUUCACCUGCAUCGAGAUGCGAGACCAUGAGCAACCACAAGAUGCACUCUGUGCACCAGAAAAGUUGGUUAGGCAGGUGGCUUUGGCUACUCAAGAGGCCCAAGUACCUCUUGCUGGAGAGAAUGCCUUGCAAAGAUAUGAUGAAUAUGCACACGAACAGAUUCUACGAUCAGCAGCCCUGGAUGUGGAUGGAAACUCAAGUGAUAGAGAAAUGUGUGCAUUCACUUAUUUGAGGAUGAACCCACAUUUGUUCCAACCUGAUAACUGGAGAAGGUUUGUGGCAUUUGUGAAGAAAAUGAAGGAAGGAAAAGAUGUACAUAAAUGUUGGGAGCAAGUGGAGCAGGAGGCCGAGCAUUUUGUGCAUGUAACUCAACCAUUGGUUCAAGAAGCCGCUGUUGCUCUCAUGCACUAGUUGUUUGAAGUGCAUCUCUGUAUUUAUAUAUCACAAAAUUUCAUGAAGGGAAGAACUGUUCUAGCCCUUUCCCAGGAAGCAGAAAGUAGUACCAUUAGUUUAAUUGCUGUAAUAUAUGGCUUUAUUGUACUAAAUGAUUUUAGUGUCAAUGAAAUACAAGAAUGUCAGAUUAGUUCAAGACUCAAAGGACUCCUGGUUUUACCAUAUAAGAGAAGUUUCAAGUGUUUCCAUGGUGUUGAAAUCUACCUUAUGGUUUAGUGGUCAUUUUCUACAGAUCUUGGUAAAGUAAAAAGCUACUAGAAUAAUGGCAUCCGUUAGUCCGGCACCAUCUUCAUUCAGAUGGGUUUCAAUUUCAUAGUUGGGGUCACUUCCCACAGAGGUGUUGGGCAGGACUGUAUAAGGAAGGCCACUGUGAAAGUUCGCUUGUUCCAUCUCUUUCAUGGUAAUUUUUCUUUUAACUUCAGGGGUGUCUUUGAGUCUUUGACAUUUUUGUUUGCAUCCAUUACAUCAAAAUUUCUCUUCUAUCUACUAGUUUUUUUUUUUUUUUU